AUGGAGGACCGUAACUUGGAAGAGGAAGAUGUUCUUGAUCGUAACAGGUGGCGGUUAGGCGUGGGGAUGCGACAACAACGACCACAGUUUUUACAAAACAAUGAAGCCGUCACUAUUACAGAAGCUAGAACAGAUAUAUCGAUCGAGGAAGUUAAACAAGCCUUGGUGUCUAUGAAAAACGGUAGAGCUCCAGGACCGGGUGGUAUUAUGGCUGAAAUGCAAAAAUAUGGCGGAGAAUGUCUUAUAACAGAAAUAACAAAGUUAAUGCAGAUGUGUGUAGAUAGGAAUAAAAUACCUAAUGAAUGGAAGUUAGCCUAUAUCACUUCUAUAUAUAAAAAAGGGAACAGAAAAGACCCGAAUAACUACAGAGGUUUAAGUGUGAAUUGCACCUUCAGCAGACUUUUUACAAGAAUAAUUAGAAAUAAGUUAGAAAUAUCUACUUACAACAAAAUCAGUGAAGAGCAGAGUGGCUUUACUGCAGGGCGUUCAUGUAUAGAUAAUCUAUUUACUAUCCAACAACUGAUAGAAAAACGGAAUUCACGUGAAGAAGAUACACAUCUAGCUUUUGUAGACCUUCAAAAAGCUUACGACUCCAUCCCCAGAGUUAAACUAUGGUACAUACUGGAACAACUUGAUGUGGAUGAAUGUCUCAUAAAUUUAAUUAAGGUGCUGUACAACAACAACACAGCUCAUGUUAAGAGCGUGGUUCUUAGGGACUGGAAGAAGAGGUGUGGGGGAAUGGGCGUCCCUGUAGGAGAUGACUGUUUGGUUACAUUAAAUUUUGCCGAUGAUCAGGUGGUCAUAGCUCAAGAUGCUUACGCCCUUGAAUUCAUGAUGAGCAGAUUAAAUUCGGCAUACACGGAAUGGGGCUUUACUGUGAACAUUGAUAAAACGGAAUAUCUAGUGACCAAUUCAGAUGAUAAAUUUGACAUUUUUAUUACUGACAAUGCAAAGCUCAGACAGGUUGAAUGGUUUAAAUAUUUGGGGGCACGUAUAACCAGAAAGGGACUGGACAAAACAGAAGUAUCUGCUAGAAUAGAACAAGAGCGGAUGAUUAUAGGAGCACUGAAUGGCAUCUGGUGGGACAAAAACAUAAGACCAAACACAAAAGUACAUAUUGGAAGAGCCCUAGUGGAGUCGGUAGUAACUUAUGGGUGUGAAGUUUGGACCUUAAAAGCUGAACAAAAGCGAGCUUUGAAUGCACUCGAAGUGGACUAUUUGAGACGCAGUGCGGGAGUAUCUAAACCGGACAGAGUUAGGAACGUGGAAAUCAGAUCCAAAAUGGAUGCCACACAGACAAUAGUGGAUAGAGUCGAACAGAGGGGCCUUAAGUGGUUUGGACACUUGCUACGCAUGGAACACCAAAGAUGGCCCUACCGUAUCUACAGCUGGUCACCUCCUGGAAAAAGGAAAAGAGGACGGCCUAGAAGAUCUUGGAAUGAUGCACCCUGA